AUGAAAGCGAUUGCUCGAUCGUACGUAUACUGGCCAUCUGUGGACAAGGACAUCGUCGACUACGUGAAAUCCUGCCGACACUGCGCAUCCGCAGCGAAGUCUCCGCCAAAGGUAGCACCGGUGCCGUGGCCUCGUUCAACCAAGCCAUGGGACCGUGUCCACAUAGACUAUGCUGGACCAAUUUCUGGAGAGUACUAUCUCGUAAUCGUGGACUCCUAUUCGAAAUGGCUGGAAAUCAUACCAACACGCAGUACGACCACGACAGCUACUGUGUCAAUCCUCAAGGACAUCUUCGCUCGAUUCGGCUUUCCUGCAACUUUGGUGAGCGACAAUGGACCGCAGUUUGCUAGUGCAUCGUUCCAAGCCUUCUACACGGAAAACGGCAUAGAUCAUCUCACGAUUGCGCCGUUUCAUCCCCAAUCAAACGGCCAAGCCGAAAGGUUUGUGGGAAUAUUUAAGAGCUCCAUCAAGAAAAUCCAGGAGGGAAAAGGUACAGUACGUGAAGCGCUCAACACCUUCCUGACCACCUACAGAAGUACGCCAAAUCCUUCCGCUCCUGAUGGCAAGUCACCGGCGGAAAACAUGUUCGGUCGUCCAAUCCGGACGUGUUUGGAGUUACUCCGUCCGCCAGCUGAACGUUCAACGAUGCACAACAAGGACUCCAACGUCAAACGAAGCUAUCAGCGAGAUGAUCCAGUAUUUGUGAAGCUCUACGUCAACAACAACUGGCACUGGGCACCGGGCGUUGUGCUGGAAAAAGUUGGCAACGUUAUGUACAAUGUUUGGGCUGAAAACCGAAGGCUCGUUCGGUCACACAUCAACCAAAUGAAGGACCGAAAUGAACCUGAUCACCGUACCAAGGCUCAAGCAGGAAACAGCGCCAGGCUACCGAUCAACGUCUUGCUCGAUGCGUGGAAUCUCUCCAUGCCACGUUCGCCGACAAUUCCAUCGCUCCCGUUACCACCAGUAGGACAAACCAAUCCGCAGACCUUAGCUUCGUCGACGCCCAAUACCAAUAUUCGUGUUUCGGUACAGUCGCCGGAAAUGCUCUCGUCGCUCUCAGCAAUAUCAUCGUCUUCCUCGUCGAGCUCUGCGCAAGUCUCGGCGUCCAGGGCAGGCUCCAUUACACCGGACUUCCAGUCUGCCAUUGAACCUCAACAAGUAUCAGAAGCCCCAGCACCUCGUCGCUCUUCACGACCACGAAGAGCGCCUCAGAGAUUCCAGCCGUACUUCCGAUAUUAA